UGAUUGAAUAUUUAAAAAAAUGCGGUUAUAAAAUAUUACAUUUUCUUCUUAAUAUAUCUGUGUCAUAUAUAACAAAGUAAGUGUGUAUAAUAUAUGGUUUUAAGUAAAAUUACGAAAUAACGCAACAACGUUAUCAAUAGGGAAUGACAACUCUGAUUUUGGGAGUUGGGUUUGGCACAUUUAUUAUACUUACCCUGUGGUUAACGGCAGGCUUGAUUUGUCUGAUAUCCUUGCGGACCCAAAAAAAAUUUGGCCUGACAGCAGUAAGUGUUACGGGAAUAGUUACGAUUGCACUGAUCAGUAUUCCAAGAGCUUCAGAGACCUCCGAUGUCAGUAGCGAGACCAUAGCAAAGUCGUAUGAUCAGUUAUUCAUUUGGCGCACGUUACUUCUAGUUCUACUGGCUGGUUCAUCUUUGGUGGUAUUCUUCGCUUACGUCAAAUUUGAGGUGAUCACACCGGUAAAAGCUGUGCGAAUAAAGAACUGGGUUAUCUGAGAAAAUACAAUUCUUCUGACUAAGAAAGCUGCGAGUUGAAUAUUUUUAACUUGCAAUGAUUGUUGAUUCAGUUCUUUAGGAUUCAUAUCCUUACAUAUAAAAUUCUUACGUGCUUUGUUAUUAUUGAGACAAUAUAUAUUACCUAUUCGAAAUAUAACUAAUCUCAACACUAGUUACAUAAUUAAAUAUAUCUGUAUAAAUAGUUAAAUUGAAAUAUUAUUUCAAAGAAUUUGUCACGUAGGUUAUAUAAAUGCAGAUACUAUAAAGUAAUAUAUACGCACAGUUAUACUAUUGUAUUUAAUUAGAUAUAAAGCAGUGACAAUGUUGCGUGGUUUGAAGCACACUUUGCAGCUAUCGACGCGUGGGAUCUCCUUAUUGAGCCGUAGCAAUAAGAAAUUUGAGAUUAAGGACAAUAGAGAGUUCAUAGAAAAGGUAAUGAACAGUACGGUCCCUGUGAUAGUUAAUUUCCAUGCUGAGUGGUGCGACCCGUGUAAAAUUUUAACUCCAAAAUUAGAACAGCUGGUAGGACCAAUGGAAGAUUUGAAUCUAGCUGUGGUAGACGUAGAGUCAAACCCUGAGCUAGUUCAUACUUUUGAAGUAAAAGCUGUACCUGCGGUAAUUGCUGUUUCAAAUGGCUUAGUUGUGCACAAAUUUAUCGGCCUAAUGGAGGCAGAUUCUAUAGAAAAUUUAAUUCAGAAACUAAAGACUGGUGCUGAGAUUGACCCACCUAAUAAGAGUAAUUAAUGGCUAAUUAUUUUUUUUAUUACCUUUAUCUAGAACUUCGUAAAUAUAUUAUUUUUAUGGUGCAAUAAACUUGACCCAAUGUAUGCACGUAUUUACAUGCGUCCAUUGUACAGCAGUUUUUUUUUUUUUUUUUUUGGGAAGUUUUUAGUAUAUACCAUCUGCGAGGAUUACAUUCCACCGCAAAUUAUGCAUGCUGAAAAAGUUUAGGAAUUGAUCAUUCAUCUAAAAAUAGACUUUCAAAUCUUGAGUGCUACAAUAAUAACUUGUACUUUGUAUUUGUACUCUGCUUUUUAUAGAUUAGGAUUAUGGAUGUACUUAAUACAAACUCUUCUUUCUAAUAAAUUUCCAAUUAGCAUGCAAUUUUUUGAAAUAAAUUCAAUACUAUGUGCUGUUGGUUUGUAAAACUAGUUCAAUUAAACU